ACUCUUAAUUCUCCUAGUAAAACACGCACUCAGAAUCCAGAAAUUGAUUCUGGAAUAAUACAGUGGGGUACACCAGAAGUAACCACCACGACAACAGUCUCAGAUUCAAGUGCAAUGGACUGGUCUGCACCUGUUAAUCGAGCAGAGGAAGAAUUGGUGUUGGAUUGGGGCGGCAAUGAUGAAGAUCCAGACACUGAAGACAGCAGUGAUCAGGGACUGAGUAUGAAGCCUACUCGUUCAGAUAGUGAUGCAGAAGGUAAAUGGACAUAUCAUCAU